AUGAGGACUGUGAUUUGGAAUGGAGUGCAGCAGAGGAGGAACUCAUGGCAGGAUGGUGUCUGGGGCACCAAUUGCCCCAUUCCUCCAGGGCGGAACUUCACUUAUGUCCUUCAAGUCAAGGAUCAGAUAGGUAGCUACUUCUAUUUUCCCUCCCUUGCCUUCCACAAGGCUGCUGGGGGCUUCGGUGGCAUCAAAGUCGCUAGCCGCUCUGUCAUUCCUGUUCCAUUCCCUCCACCUGCCGGAGAUUACACUAUUCUUGCUGGCGACUGGUUCAAACAAAACCACACUGCUCCUCGUGGACUUUUGCAGGAUUUAAAAUCAAUUUUGGACAGUGGGCAUGAUCUUCCUUCCCCUGAUGGGCUACUUAUCAAUGGGCGUGGAUCAAAUGGUUACAAGUUCACAGUUGAUCAAGGCAAGACAUAUAGGUUCAGGAUAUCAAACGUUGGGCUUACAACCUCCAUCAAUUUCAGAAUCCACGGUCACAAGAUUGUGCUGGUUGAGGUAGAAGGGACUCAUACACUGCAGAACACAUAUGAUUCCCUAGACAUCCAUCUGGGGCAAUCCUGCUCUGUAUUGGUUACAGCUGACCAACCUGAGCAGGAUUACUAUAUAGUUGUCUCAACACGAUUUACAUCCCAGGUGCUCACAACUACCUCCAUUCUUCAUUACAGUAACUCUGCAGGAAGUGUUUCUGGUCUUCCCCCUGGUGGCCCAACAACUGAGAUUGAUUGGUCUCUUAACCAGGCUCGGUCUCUUAGGCGAAAUCUAUCAGCAAGUGGACCAAGACCCAAUCCCCAGGGCUCUUAUCACUAUGGUUUGAUUAACGUAACCCGUACUAUUAGACUUGCAAACUCUGCUCCAAUAAUCAAUGGCAAGCAAAGGUAUGCUGUCAAUAGUGUGUCAUUUAUUGCAGCAGACACGCCACUUAAACUUGCUGACUACUUCAAGAUUCCUGGGGUUUUCACCCUUGGAAGCAUACCAUACAACCCCACUGGUGGUGCUGCUUACCUAAAAACCUCUGUCAUGGCUGCUGAUUUUCGAGGCUAUGUUGAGGUUGUCUUUGAGAACUUGGAAGAGGCUGUUCAGUCAUGGCAUGUUGAUGGUCAUCACUUCUUUGUUGUGGGGAUGGCUCGAGGGCAGUGGUUACCUGCAAGCAGAUUAAGUUACAACUUACGAGACACAAUUUCCCGCUGCACAGUUCAGGUCUAUCCCAAAUCAUGGACAGCAGUGUACAUGCCUUUGGACAAUGUGGGCAUGUGGAACAUAAGAUCUGAGAACUGGGCUCGUCAAUACUUAGGUCAACAGUUCUAUUUUCGGGUAUUUUCCCCUGCAAAGUCAUGGAGUGAUGAAUAUCCCAUCCCAAGCAAUGCUCUUCUCUGUGGACGGGCAUUAGGCCAUUAGCAUUGGUCUCUAAAACAGAACAAUCUGCUAACUGUCAAAGAGGGGUGACUGGUUUUAUGAUAUCAACUAUGUGAUCCAAGUCUCUUGCAGAAGAUUUUGACAUAGCUAUAAUUGUAUUUUUUUCCCUUUUGGACAAUGUCUUGCCUUCAUUAUCAAAAUGGGGAUAAUAUUUCAUGGGUUGCUCAUCUAAUGCAGUUCAUGUUAGGUAAUGCAGUUCGUGAUAUAAAGUUUGAUUAUUCGCUCUAAUACUAUGUUAUUUCUGUAAUUUAUUCAAACUCCAAAUGUCAUUAGAUCCAAUGGUUCUCAUGAAUAUCCU